CGGCCUCCCCCCGCGUUGCUGCCGACGUGGCGGGGCGGGGAAGGCCAGGAGCAGGGGGCGCGCCGGCAAGGGGACUGCUGAGCGUUGAAAAUGUCUGAAGACGUACAUGAUGGCAUCCCAUCUAAAGAGAAACCUGAAGUAACGGAAAUGCCCAGCAAUGAUGUAUUGCCUCAUGAGUCAGUGCAACACCUUAUGGAAGCUGGGAUCUUGCCUGCACCUUCACAAGAUGAACAGGCCACUCAGUGUACCAGUAGGGGACAGGAAGGAGACAUAUUUAUUGCUGAAAAUCCUUUGACUGAAAAAGUAACUGAAAGCCUGUCUUCCAAUGGAGAGGUGACUGAAAACAUACCCACUGAGUGUAAUGAGACUGUAAGCCUUGAUGCUGAACCUGAAUCUGAGGAAACACUACAUGAGCAAAGCAGUCCAGACGUGGACUCCUCAUCUAAAGCGAGUAGAUGGGGAGCUUGGGGUACCUGGGGCAAGUCUCUCCUGUCAUCAGCUUCUGCCACAGUGGGUCAUGGGAUAACAGCAGUAAAGGAAAAAGCAGGAACUACCCUAAGAAUUCAUAAUGCAAGUUCAGCAUCUUCAGAAGCAGCAGAUCCUCCUGCAGCUGAAACAUCGGUGUUACAAGCAGAAGAUUCUCCAGAACAAAGCACUUCUGCGGAUAUUCCCUCUUCUCCUUCAUCUGGAUCUCGUGGGAUGUUGUCAGCAAUCAGUAAUGUUGUGCAGAACACAGGGAAAAGUGUAUUAUCUGGAGGCUUAGAUGCUUUGGAAUUUAUUGGGAAGACAACCAUGAAUGUCCUAGCAGAAAGUGAUCCUGGAUUUAAAAGAACCAAAACACUGAUGGCAAGAACAGUUUCCUUAUCUCAGCUGUUGCGAGAAGCUAAAGAAAAAGAGAAGCAGAGACUGGCCCAGCAAGUAACAGUUGAGAGAACAGCACAUUAUGGACUGCUUUUUGAUGAGUUCCAAGGUUUGUCCCAUCUUGAAGCUCUAGAAAUCCUGUCAAAUGAAAGUGAAGCUCAGAUUCAGUCAUAUUUAGCAACACUCGAUGGAGAGCAGUUGGAGACUGUGAAAAAUGCGUUAAUUGAUAUCAAAGAGAUUUUUGUUCCAAAAGAUACAGAAGAUGAAGUGGUGAAGGAUCAAAAAGCAGAUAUGGGAGAGGAGUUUGUCAGCAUGCUCACCGAGCUGUUGUUUGAAUUGCAUGUUGCUGCUACUCCUGACAAACUCAACAAGGCUAGAAAAAAAGCUCAUGAGUGGCUGGAAGAAGCCAAUUUUUCCACCACAGUAGACAUGGAAGAGAAGCUAAAAGAAAAACCUGAAGAACCUGUUGAAGAAAAGACUGAAAAAGGAGAAGACAAAAUUGGCAGUGAUAAAACAGAAGUAGUUAAAAACAAAACUGUGGAGGAAAUCUACAUGCUGUCCAUUGAAAGUCUGGCAGAGGUUACUGCUCGGUGUAUUGAGCAGCUCCAUAAAGUAGCAGAAUUAAUCCUACAUGGGCAAGAAGUUGAAAAAACAGCUGAAGAUCAAGCAAAAGUACUGACGAACUUAACAAGUGCAAUGUGCAAUGAAGUUUCAUCUUUAGCAAAGAAGUUUUCUGAUUCUUUAACGGCAGCUGGGAGCAGUAUGAAGGCAGAGGUUCUUAACCCCAUCGUCAACUCUGUAAUAUUAGAGGGUUGCAACAGUACUACUUAUAUUCAGGAUGCUUUCCAGCUAUUGCUUCCAGUUCUGCAGAUUUCACAUAUCCAGACCAGUUGUUUGAAAACACAUCAGUGACAGUUUCCCAGCAGCUGCCACUACUGGUCUUAAUAGAAACCACAGACCUAAUCUCUUUAAUGUCUGCAGAUAGAAGAGGUGCUGUGAGAGAUGUCUGGCCACUUAAGAGUCCUCUGAGGACACUAAACGCGGUUUUGCACAUACAGUAUUGAAUAACAUUUUAAAUCUCAUUUAGACUUUUAGACUUCAGAUGUAGUGUGUAAAGUAUUUCUUUUUCAUUAGAGUAUAUCCUUUGCGUUAAUUUAAUUUGAAGCAAUGGUUUAUUGAUAUCAGUAUUGACUUAAAUACAGUUUCUAGAUGUUGACCCUUUCAUCUAUAAACGAUGUAUGAAGCAAAUUAGAAUGUAAUGCUUUUUUGAACAUUUUAGUCCAUUUCCAUUAUUUGAAUCUGAACUCAGUUAAAAAUGUUUAUUUCAAAAGUUGGUUUCAGUAUUUAACUUUAGUCAACGUGAACAAAUUAUCUUAGUGUUGUGCUUGUUGAAUGUUAUUUAUAGUAACAAAUAAUAAUUUGGUAAUAAUCACCAUUUAAAUAACACUUAAUGUUCAGAGCUGUACAGUAAUAAGCAUUAACUUUAUCUAAUUAAAAUUAUGGAGGAUUUGCAUAUACUGAAAAGAAAUUUGGCCAGUUAGAGUAUGGGUAUAGCAGUAUAUUUGCUGACCCAUUAUUUUAUAUUCAUUUAUAUCUAUUUCUUGAUAUCAAGUGGCUGAACAACAUUGCAGGCUGAAGUGAUUUUUCAAAAGUACAUGGAAUAGAAAAUUUUCCUUCUUUUGUCUGGGAACUGUUUAGGAAAAAAAUCCAAAAUAGUCUCCUCUAAAAUGUGUUCCCAGCUUACCACAUAAAUUUGUGCUGUAAAUAUCAUGAAGCUUUUUAUCAAAUCGAAUUACUGAUACUAAUAGGUUGGAAAUGCAGUUUGCAGGCAUAAAAAGGAACUUGUGAAGAGAAGUUACGAGAGAAUUGCUUUGGGUAGGGAGGCCAUAUGUCAAAGCAACCAACUUCGCUCUGUAACAUAGUAGACAUCAGGAGUUGACAUUUGAGAAUAACACUAGUAAUCAUGAUAAUGUGUCCAUAUUCUUAGCUUAAUAUCCUCAGCUGUGAUCCUUAGAGUUUAUUUAGUCUAGUUUACCUCAUAGACAGGAGGAACCUUCCAAUAUUUCAUGUAGCCCAUUCUCCUGGAUUUUCAUUUUAUUACAUUUUUCGUGGUUAUUUUUUUUUCCUCUUGAUGCACUUAUGAAUUCUAUUUAAAUGCUUUUUAACUGUAGCUAAGAUCUAACAAUGUUUAAUCGUAGAAGCACUGUACAUACGUCUUAAAAAAUAAUCAAACAGAACACAAGUAAAUAUUGUCUUUUUGUUAGAAAUGAGAAAUCAUGUAUCUGCUUGCAUAUGGUGUCUUUUGUAAGUUCAAAUAAGAGAUGACAGAAAGGUCUCUCUAUAUCUUACGUGACUUUGGUCCGUGCUCUGCUGCCAUAUGCAUCAUGGUUUUUCCAUCUUCUGUUAUUUAGCGUUGAAAUUUUCACUCUCCAUGCAAGAAGGUUUAUUAUACAAAAUUUAUAUUCUGGCAUCCCAUAAUUUAACAGAUUUGAGAUAUCUUUCUGGGUAAGUAAAAAAGAUACGGUCUUCCAAUCCACUUGCAAGAACAUAAAAAAAAGCCUAUAGCAUAUUACUGGGAACAGAAAUGAAAAUCCCUCGGCAGCUGAAAAGGCAAACUAAGCUUGACAUUCGUUGGUAUUUAUGCCAUAUUGAACAGCUAACGUUAGUGCAACAUGGAGAAAAGAGGGACACUGGAAAAUGUAACUGGUGAGCAGACGCACUAGCCCAGAGGUAGAAUACGACUCCCACUGAGCAUUGCAUCCCCAAUGCUUCUGUUUGGUAUUGCUUUAUUUCUGAAAUCCUAUUUUCAAAAGUGUAUUACAAAAUAAUGUUUAGUUGAUUAAAAAACGCUACGUCGUAUCUGGUGCUUUUCUGGCUUCCACGUUUUGAGGGGAAUGAACAUGCUCUUCCCUAGUAGUCCCUAGUAGUCCACUCUGGCUAUUGAAGGAGCCAGGCCCACACUUGAACUUCCUUAACAGGGAGCCGUUCUGGUAGACCUGCAUUGACUCGGAAGAAAAACUCCCUAAUGUGGUUUACUGAAGAUGAUAUACUUGAUCAUUAGCGGUAUUCAAUUUUAAAGGCUUGGACAUCAGUUAAAACACCCAAUAGCUUGUGAAAAAGCCUACUUGUUUAAAGUCGUUUUUCUGUUGUUGUUUUUCUGUUUCUGUGCUGGCAUGCAGAAUAUAAUAUCUGGUUCAUUAUUUUUUUUUUAAUUUUCAAAUUAAGAUUGUAAGGAAAACUCCAGUGUUUUCACCUAUCGAUCACAUCUUGGAUUUAUUUUUACUUUAGUUUGAUUAUUUAUUUUAGUCAAGAAGCCUUUCUGUCCAUAUCUGAGUAGAGUUAUGCAUUGGAUAUCUAUGUGAUAUUACUGUCAAAUGAAUCACUCAUAGAACAUAGCCAUUGCAGUUUCAGAUUGUUCCUAUGCUGAGUUAAUGUUUUUAGACAUAAGUUAUUUUAAUUACUAUUUCAUAUGGAUCUUUAUUUUUCUCUGAAAUGCAAUGCAGAAUAUAUAGCAUUAAGCCUGUCAAGAACAUAAAUUGUCUAAUAGUGGCAGCCUUUAACAGAGAUUGAACAAUAUAGUAUUAGAAGCCUUAGGGAAAUAUUGUUUCAAAUUAUUCAGGGACAUUCUUAAGAAAAAUAUUUCUUGUCUGAGAUAAUCUUUACCAGAGCUUUCACUGCCUUGCUUAAAUUACAUGAGUACUUUACCGUAAAGUAAUAAAUAAAUAAAUAAAUAGGACUUAAUUAUUAACUUCCAUAUAGUUUAGGAAAGGAAAUAGGCAGGGCAAAAUAGGAGCAUUUGAUCUCAGCUACAAUCAUCUUUUCCAUGGAAAACUGAAUGCUUAGCCUUUAAAUAGUCCAUAUUUCAGUCGAAAAGUGCUAUGUGAUGUGACUUAACCUUCAGUA